UCUUCGGACAGCUGGCUUUCUCAUCACCAUAUCCUUAGGUUUGGAUGAACGUUGUCCGUGAAGGUGUAGUUCGUGACAAAGAUGGAUUUCUCGUGAUACCAGCUUCGCAAAGGCCGGAUGGGACUUGGCGCAAGGCUCGUCGCGUCAGGGAGGGAUACAUACCUCCAGAGGAGGUACCACUGUAUAAAUCAACCGGUGUACUAAUCCGUGAACGUCAGGCCCAAUAUGUCAUUCCAGGUUUGUCUCAUGCAGAUGCUGCAGAGAUAACAAAACAACGCGGCCUCAUUCGUUUAUCCGAAGAACUGGCAGAUCAAGUUGCAGCUCAGCAGGGUGUUGGAAGCGCGAGGAAGAAAAAGAAGAAGAAGUCGAAAAACAAGGUGCCUGAAGUUGGUAACGUGCUUUCUGGUGAGGAAGAUGGUAAGCGUCUUAGUUGUUCUUGUUCAUCUUUUUACGGGCUCCAGUCAGUGCAAUGGUCAAGGUUUCCAACCACGGAUUUCAUAGUUUGCGUCCACCUGGAUCCUCGUGUCAGCGCACAGUAUAAAUCAACCGGUGUACUAAUCCGUGAACGUCAGGCCCAAUAUGUCAUUCCAGGUUUGUCUCAUGCAGAUGCUGCAGAGAUAACAAAACAACGCGGCCUCAUUCGUUUAUCCGAAGAACUGGCAGAUCAAGUUGCAGCUCAGCAGGGUGUUGGAAGCGCGAGGAAGAAAAAGAAGAAGAAGUCGAAAAACAAGGUGCCUGAAGUUGGUAACGUGCUUUCUGGUGAGGAAGAUGAAACUGUCAUGUUACGGCCAGUGGUCACAACUCAUCCGCCCACUGAGGACGGUCAGAGUGUGCAAGAACAAUUAAGCCAAGAAGAUAUCGACCACAAACUUCGUGUGGAGAAACGACGACUACGGCAAAUUGAAGCGAUCGAAGAAAAGCAACGACUUGGCGUAGCACUAGACAAGGAUCAGUUGGCCAAACUGAGACGAAAGGCGGAGGUGGAGGAACUCAUUCGGUCGAUGGAGGCUAUGAAGACCAAAGAUAACUAA